AUGGCCGCGGAGGCGGAUCAGGGCUUCCACCCGCUGGACGAGGCGUCCCUGGUCGCCUACAUCAAGGCCACGCCGGCGCUCGCCUCCCGCCUCGGCGGCGGCAGCCUGGACUCCAUCGAGAUCAAGGAGGUCGGCGACGGCAACCUCAACUUCGUCUACAUCGUGCAGUCCGAAGCCGGCGCCAUCGUCGUCAAGCAGGCGCUCCCGUACGUGCGCUGCGUGGGGGACUCGUGGCCGAUGACGCGGGAGCGCGCCUACUUCGAGGCCUCCACGCUGCGGGAGCACGGCCGCCUGUGCCCGGAGCACACCCCCGAGGUGUACCACUUCGACCGGGCCAUGUCGCUGAUGGGGAUGCGCUACAUCGAGCCCCCGCACAUCAUCCUCCGCAAGGGCCUCAUCGCCGGCGUCGUGUACCCGCUGCUCGCCGACCAUGUGUCCGAUUACAUGGCCAAGACGCUCUUCUUCACCUCCCUCCUCUAUAACAACACCACGGACCAUAAGAACGGAGUUGCUAAGUACUCUGAGAAUAUGGAGAUGUGUAGGCUCACGGAACAAGUUGUGUUCUCGGACCCAUACCGUGUCUCCCAAUAUAAUCGGUGGACCUCGCCUUAUCUUGACGAAGAUGCUGAGGCAGUUCGACAGGACGAUGAGCUCAAGUUGGAAGUAGCUGAAUUGAAAUCGAUGUUUAUCGAGAGAGCUCAGGCUCUGAUUCAUGGAGAUCUCCACACUGGUUCUAUCAUGGUGACCACAGGUUCAACUCAAGUCAUUGAUCCAGAAUUUGGGUUUUAUGGACCAAUGGGUUUUGACAUUGGAGCCUUCCUUGGAAACCUGAUUUUGGCAUACUAUGCACAGAACGGACAUGCUGAUCAAGCAAACGAUCGUAAAGCUUACAAGAAAUGGAUCUUGAAGACAAUUGAAGAGUCGUGGAAUUUGUUCCAGAAAAAGUUCAUUGAACUAUGGAAUAAACACAAAGAAGGGAAUGGGGAGGCGUACCUGCCUGAUAUAUACAACAACUCAAAGCUUUUGAGCGUUGCUCAGAAGAAGUACAUGACAAACCUAUUCCAUGAUAGCCUUGGGUUUGGUUCAGCCAAAAUGAUCAGGCGAAUAGUUGGAAUUGCUCACGUCGAGGAUCUCGAGUCAAUUAAGGAUGCCAGCAAGAGAGCAGAGUGCGAGCGCGCUGCCCUCAAUUGUGCAAAGGCGAUCCUCAAGGGAAGACGCCAAUUUGAGACCAUCGAGCAAGUCAUUGAGCAUAUUCAAUCGUUUGACCAGGACUGA